GUUGUGUUACCAAGUCAGUACACUUUUUUGUUCCAGCAACCGGACAAUUCACAUCAAUCAGUAUCUCAUUUGGAACCGGUGAAACUGGACGAACGGAAAGAAGUUCCUGUUGGAAGUCUGGGCCUCGGAACUGCACUGGCAGUCGCUUACGAUCUGUAUAAUGAUACGGGAAUAGCCUCACAAAUGGCCUCGCACAUAUAUUCGCCACAACUGACUAGUUUUAUUUCCCUGUCCUCAAUGAAAGCCCCUGCAGCGCAAGUCACGCAACAUCUCACACCGUACAUGCGCACCAUGUCUGCCGGUUCCGAACAACCUUACCUCAUAUGUCCCUCUCAACCGUCCCAUUUGCCCCUCAACAACUCCAUGGCGUGGCCGGUGUCAUCGUCGUCUUCUUCAAUUAUUACUCAAUCAUCUCAUCAUUCAGAAGCCUACCUGACUCCAAUCUCUGUCGGUGACUGUCCCCCGAAAGCAUUUGCUGUGAUCGCGGAUUCAAAUAAGGUACGAUUUACCAAUCCAGCCUCAAUCCCCAAGUCUACGGACUACUCGAUGCAUCAGGUACCGGGUGCUUACGUGCAAUCGGUUGCCCCAUGUUCCAAUCCAGUCACUAUUGUGGUUGAUGGCAAUUAUCCUCAAUCCUCGUCUACUGCCCCACUCUCAUUUGGUCCAUCCUCAUCCUCUUGUUCCUCCUCCUCAUCUUCCGCAUCAACAGCCUCAUGUGCCGGCUCGGUUGUGUUCGGCCCUGGUAGCGCGGUGGCACCCACCACCACUACCACUUGCAUGAUGGUCCCAUCCGAUAUGGCUUAUCCACACAUGGCUUCUGCCUCUUCCGCUUGUGUAUUGUCUUCCACUUCAUCCCCAGUACUUCCUCCGAUUCCACUCCCAAACACUGCUAAUCAAAGGCAACAACAACAGCAAGCCACGGAAUUGAAUGGCUGCACAAAUGCUACCAAUGGCAACACAAACGACUCCAAUACGAAAUCGUCUUCCGAUUCAAGUGCCUUCUCUGCGGAUGAUAGUCUUUACGAAAUCACAGAAGAAGAAAUGCGAGAGAUAGAUGCUUCGCUAAAAGUGAACUAUCGACGACAACCAUUGAACGAGGGGGAUAAUAAUUUGUAA